CAUCAUCACAGAUUCACAUCUAGAAAACGUCAAAGAGUGGUAAGAGAUGGGGAAAGACUUGGCGAUGGAUGAUAAUAAUGAUUAUGAAGUAGUGAUAAUUGGGGCGGGGAUUUGUGGAUUAGCGACGGCUGUGUCUCUUCAGAAAAAGGGAAUUAAAAGCGUAGUGAUGGAGGCAUCGGAAUCUCUGAGGAACAUCACCGGAGCAGCAAUCACAAUCCACCAAAAUGGUUGGCGAGCUCUUGAUCAUCUGGGCGUGGCUGAUACCCUCCGUCGCACUACCAUACCUAUUCAAAGUGAACGAAUGGUAGAGCUCGAUGGGUGGAAACAACAGAAAUCCUCAAUAAAAGGUGAAACUCGUUGCUUGAGGAGGAAGGAUCUUAUCGAUACUCUUUACGCUGCACUUCCUCCGGCCACCGUCAAGUUCGGAUGCAAACUUGAAUCUAUAAAAUUUGACUCAAAAACUACCAAAUCAGUUCUUCAAUUCAACGAUGGAAGCUUCAUCAUCGCCAAGGUCGUCAUUGGCUGCGAAGGAGGCACGUCAAUCGUUGCCAAUUUCCUUAAUCUCAAAACUACCAAGAUGUUUCCAUUUUGUGAAGUUAGAGGCUUAUCAAACUACCCCAAUGGCCAUUCAUUCGACUAUGAGUUUACCCGUUUCAGGAAAAACAACAAUCUAGUCGGAAGAACUCCAAUCGACGAUAAGUUGGUCUACUGGUUCUGUACGCAACCUCUCAUUCCUGGAGAUGAAAGAAGUUGGGAAGAUCCUGAGUCAAUACGGAGAUCAACCCUAGCGUUGCUAAACGAUUAUCCUCAAGAAAUCAAAAAAAUGAUCGAAAUUGCAGAUGCAAGUUCGUUGUCUUUUUCACAUUUAAGAUAUCGUUCACCACUGGAGUUGCUAACGGGAUCAUUUUGUAAGGGAAAAGUGACGGUUGCUGGGGACGCUAUGCAUGUGAUGGGUCCGUUUCUAGGGCAAGGUGGCUCAUCAGGGUUAGAAGAUGCAGUUGUGAUAGCUAGCAACUUGGAUCAAAAGGGUUUGGACCAUGUUGAAGAUGCUUUUGAUCUGUAUGUGAAAAAGAGACGAAUGAGGGUGGUUGGAUUAUCGGUGCAGACUUAUCUCACUGGUAUGCUAUUGGGAGCUUCAUCGAGUCUGAAGAAAUUUAUGUAUUUUGUGCUAUUGUCUCUUCUCUUUCACAAUCCGAGUGGUCAUGUUGAUUAUGAUUGUGGUGGUGUUUGAUGUAUAAUCGAAUCUCUCUUCGUAAUGAAUUACGACUCUCUAAGGAGCCACGUGUCCCCCUUAUAAACCACCAUCAAUCCACG